AACACUUCAACCCCUUCCUCCCUCUCUCUCUCUCUCUCUUUCUUUAAAAGACCAAAAACCAAACGUCGUCGUUUGAAUCAGUUUUUAUCCUGUUCACCGAUCAGCAAUCACUCCUCUUCGACCUCUUCCCUCGUCUGUCCCAGCUGCGAAAUGUCAGAACUGCCGGAACGGCCACCGCCCGCCGCCGCCCACCGACGCCCACUCCCUAUAAAACUCGAGCCUUCUACCACCGACGAACCUUCGAGCAGGCCGCAGCCCCUCAAGGUCGUCGUUUUAGCUGAUCUCAACGUCGAUCCUCCUGAAAUCGACGACGACGAUACCGUCCACGUCCCUGCCCCUGAUAUCGCCAGGUUGAUUAAUGAUGAGAGCAGUCAAGACAAAAGUACUCUGAUGAGCAAAGAGACUGAUACAGCAGAAGGAGAAGGUAAACGCUUAAACAAAUUGGGGAAGUGCCGUUCAAGGAUUAGUAAGGUAGAGGGUCUUGACUGUGGAGCUGAUGCAGAUGCUGAUCAGCAUUGUCAAGGGGCUCCAGCAACUCGCGAGGAGAAAGUCAGCAGCCUUAAAACUGGUUUGGUACAUAUUGCGAGGAAGAUGCCAAAAAAUGCCCAUGCUCAUUUUAUACUUGGCUUAAUGUAUCAGAGAUUGUGCCAACCACAGAAGGCUGUUUUAGCAUAUGAGAAAGCAGAAGAGAUCUUACUUCGCUCUGAUGAAGAGAUUGACAGGCCAGAGCUGCUUUCAUUAGUUCAUAUUCACCACGCACAGUGCCUUCUGCUAGGAAGUUCAGGGGACUAUGGUUCAGAUAAAGAACUUGGAUCUGAAGAGCUAGAGGAAAUACUCUCUAAAUUGAAGGAGUCAAUGCAAGAAGAUGUUAGACAGGCAGCUGUAUGGAACACUUUAGGCUUAAUACUUCUUAGAACUGGCCGUCCACAGAGCGCCACUUCAGUUUUGUCAUCUUUGUUGGUUCUUGCUCCAAACAACUUGGAUUGUCUUGGAAACCUUGGGAUUGCUUACCUUCAAAGUGGGAAUUUGGGGCUCUCAGAAAGAUGUUUCCAAGAUUUGAUCUUGAGAGAUCAAAACCAUCCUGCUGCUCUCAUUAAUUAUGCUGCCCUUCUUUUGUGUAAAUGUGGCUCGAUUGUUGCAGGUGCUGGGGCAAAUGCUGAUGAAGGAGCUUCUGUAGAUCAUGUUAUAGCUGCCAAUGUUGCAAAGGAGUGUCUGUUUGCAGCAAUAAAAAUGGAACCUAAAGCAGCACAUAUGUGGGCAAAUCUUGCUAAUGCGUAUUAUCUGACCGGCGAUCAUAGAAGUUCUGGAAAGUGCUUGGAGAAGGCAGCAAAGCUGGAGCCCAAUUGUAUGUCUGCACGGUAUGCUGUUGCAGUCCACCGAAUUAAGGAUGCAGAAAGGCUGCAAGAUUCUGGCGAACAGCUUUCUUGGGCCAGUAAUGAGAUGGCUUCAAUACUUAGGGAAGGAGAUUCUGCUCUGAUUGAACUUCCUACAGCAUGGGCUGGGUUUGCCAUGGUCCACAAGGCUAAACAUGAGAUAGCGGCGGCAUAUAAAACUGAACCAGAUGAGUUGAUGGAGAUGGAAGACCAUGCUCUGCACAGUUUAAAGCAGGCAAUAUCAGAGGACCCAGAAGACACUGUGCAGUGGCAUCAGCUCGGUCUUCACAGUCUCUGUACCCAACAAUUCAAGAUGGCACAGAAGUACUUGAAGGCUGCCAUUGUUCGUUCCAAGGACUGCAGUUAUGCUUGGUCUAAUCUUGGUAUAUCAUUGCAGCUAUCAGAGGAACUCUCACAAGCCCAAGAAGUAUUCAAGCGGGCCUUGUCAUUGGCGAUGCCUCAACAGGCCCAUGCAAUAUUUUCGAAUCUUGGAGUUCUCUGCCGGCAGCAAAAGCAAUAUGAACAUGCAAAAGCCAUGUUCACAAAGUCUCUUGUACUCCAUCCUGGCUAUGCUCCUGCCUAUAAUAAUCUUGGCCUUGUAUUUAUUGCUGAAGGUCAGUGGGAGGAAGCCAAGUUCUGCUUCAACAAAGCCCUCCAGGCAGACCCAUUGCUGGAUGCUGCCAAGUCCAACUUCAUUAAAGCUUCGGCCAUGUCAAGAGCAUGUUUGGCACAAGCAUAUUACUUAUCUGGAAUCCUAUUUUGGUUCUUGGACUAUAGUUCGACUUCGACAUAUAUUCUGGUGAGAUUAUCAAGCAAUACUGCAAUACCUUGAAGGUUCAACACCCAGAGUGCUGGCAGCUAGAAGAUAAAUGGCCUGCCAGGGAGGCACAAGAUUUUGAUUAUGGAGGAACUCAAAUCAAAGAACCAUCACAUAUUUCAAAAUCCGACCUGCUAGGAGAUAUUGAACUGAAUCUAUUUUGAUAAUGAUUGCCUUUAAAUGAUUUGUAUGGUUGGAUGCAUAGAAACUGCAUAAGAAUUUCUGAAUAUGGUUUGCACUUAUGUGAUCUCAUUGAAGAAACAGUGGUUCUUCCAAAAAAUGUGUGGAAACAAAAUCAAGUUAUAUAAUUUCCAUAUGGUGUC